AUGGCUAACGUGGGGUCAUGGAAACAGCCUGUGGAGGACAGCCUGGUUUCGACAGCUCUCAUCGCCGUGCUUGUCAUAGUCGUCAUCGCCUACUUCACUCGCAGCUCGUUCUCUAAGAGCAAGAAAGAGCAACCCGCGAGCAAGUCUGUGGGUGCUUACUCGGACCGAUGCAUAGUUCAAAAACUUCAAGAGACAAAUAACGAGUGCGUUAUCUUCUAUGGCACCCAGACUGGCAACUCCCAGGAUUACGCUGAGAAGCUCGCUAAAGAGGCCCACGCAAAGUAUGGCCUUCGUGCAAUGGUAGCUGAUCUUGAGGAAUACGACUAUGAGACCUUUGUCAAUUUCCCAGAGGACAAACUCAGCAUCUUCAUCAUGUCGUCGUAUGGCGAGGGUGAACCCACCGAUAAUGCCGUGUCCUUUUUCGAUUUUGUCACCAGUGAGAGUCCUGAUUUCUGUGAGCAGAAGGACGUUCCGCUGCAGUCGAUGCGUUAUGCCGCCUUUGGUCUUGGAAACAGUACUUAUGAGCACUACAACGCUGUCAUUCACAGGGUUGACGAGUCCUUGACCCGUCUGGGUGCCACGCGUCUCGGACCAGUCGGUGAAGGAGAUGACGCUCGGGGCACGGCUGAAGAGGAUUUCAUGGCCUGGAAGGAGCAGAUGUGGCCCGAAGUCAGCGAGGCCAUGCAUCUUCAGGCCCACGAUGUCAAAUACGAGCCCUCGUUUGCUCUCCUGGAGACGACUCCCGCUCCGGACAGAUUGUACCUGGGUGAGCAUAGCGACGACCAGCUGUCCCAACUCUCUCGCUCGUCCUAUGGACCGCACAAUCCGUUUUUGGCUCCCGUUGUUGAAUCUCACGAGCUCUUUGCUGGUGGGGACCGCAAUUGUCUUCACUUUGAGGUUGAUCUUUCGGGUUCAAACAUGACCUACCAGACCGGAGAUCAUUUGGCUGUGUGGCCAAUGAACCCUAGUGAGGAGGUUGAUCGUUUCCUUCGCGUAUUUGGACUUUUGGAACGCCGCAACGACGUUUUUGAGCUCGAGCCGAUUGACGGAACCGUCAAGGUUCCAUUUCCUACUCCUACUACUUAUGAUGCUGCUGCGCGGUACUAUGUGGAGAUCUGUGGAGCCGUCUCGCGGCAGUUUAUGUCUACGCUUGCCGAGUUUGCUCCUGCAGACACUCCCUUGAAGGCUUCGCUCACCAAGCUUGCAAGCGACAAAGACUAUUUUGCCGAAGUUGUCUCGCACAAGUAUCUCAAUCUUGCGCAACUUUUGGAGUCUUUGACUUCCACCGCCUUUGAGGUUCCGUUCACUGCAUUGAUUGAAGGAAUUCGUGCUCUGCAGCCCCGGUUCUACUCUAUCUCGUCUUCGUCUUUGGUCCAGCGGGAGAAGCUGUCGAUCACCGCCGUUGUAUCCACUGAAGAUGUUGGCAACGCGACAAAGUUUUAUGGCGUUAACUCCAACUACUUGCUGGCUGUUAAGAAUGAGAUGAAUGGAGAGAAACAGCAGCAGGGUAUCACUUACAGCGUGAGCGGACCACGUGAGCGGUACGGAUCCAAGGUUCCAAUCUAUAUCCGCACUUCCAACUUCCGACUGCCGACGAACAAAUCUACUCCGAUCCUUAUGAUUGGACCUGGAACCGGAGUUGCUCCUUUCAGAGCAUUUGUGCAAGAGAAGGCAGCGCAGGUCAAGUCAGGCGCUGAUAUCGGAAAGAUGUUGCUGUUUUUCGGAUGCCGAAGAGCUGACGAGGAUUUCAUCUAUCAGGAUGAAUGGAAGGAGUAUGGGGCUACGCUAGGAGACAAGUUUGAGAUGAUUACUGCAUUCUCGCGUCAGUCUGCCAAGAAGGUGUACGUUCAGCACCGAGUUGCUGAGUACGCAAAUGAGAUCAUGGAUGUGUUGGGAAAAGGUGGAUAUGUGUAUGUGUGCGGCGACGUUCGGAUGGCGCGUGAUGUGCAGUCGACCUUGAUUCAAAUUGCAGGGAGCAACGGCGAGCAAUUGAUCAGAGAUCUCCGAAAGGACAACCGUUACCAGGAGGAUGUUUGGUGA